AUGCAUUCCACUCAUCUCCUCCUCGAGGAGCCCAUUCGGAUGGCCUCCAUCCUCGAGCCGUCCAAACCUGUGCGUCCCACUCUUCCUCUUCCCUGCCGCUGUGUCCAGAUCUGCCUCUUGCUCGAGAUGCUCUCACAAUAGGGGGCCUUGUCCUCCUUUCUGGCUUCUGAUCUUCUGUGACCCCUCCUCCUCAUCCUCUAUGCUCCCCCCUUUCUCCUCUUCUUAUUGUCCUCCAACCACCCCAAUUCCGAGUGUGGGGGGAGGAGGCUACGAUCCCUAACUCAGAGCCCGUCUUCGGCUGCGAUAUUUCUUUCUUUCGAAUUUUAAUACUUUAUUCUUUUCUCUGCAGACCUUCUUCCCGGCCAUGACCAAGAUCGUCGGGACUCUCGGGCCAAAGUCCCGAAGCGUAGAGGUGAUCUCCGCCUGCCUCAAGGCUGGGAUGUCGGGUACCUGCUGCCGCUUGCUCUAUUUCUCUUUUCAACCGCCUGAUUCUGCCUCCCGCACGUAAAGAACGCGGCCGCCUGAUCAAUUUAUGAAUUUCUUUUCAGUGGCACGAUUUGACUUCUCCUGGGGGGAUGUCGAAUAUCACCAGAAGACCUUGGAGAACCUCAAGAUCGCCGUCAAGAGCUCCAAGAAGUUGUGCGCGGUGCGUUCCGGACUUAGCUUUCCUCUCUUUUUUUUCUUUUUUCUUUUCGGCCCUUCUGUACAAAAUUAACUCUCGGAUGUAUUUUCUCGACUGCUCAACGGUGAGGGUAUGAUGCUUCUUGGAACCUUCUUCUCAUAUCUAGUCCCUCAAUCGCCUAUCAAUUCACGUGUGCAACUCUGCUCUCUGAUCACAAUGGUUUGCAUAAUAUGUUUUACUUUUAUUUUCCUGGUGAUAAAGCAACAAUCAUUUCCGCUGAUGAUUUAGUGAGGUUCAGGUCAGAUGAUGUUUAGUCAAGAAAGUUUAGAGAUCAAUGUAAUCAAUAAAGAUUAUGCAUUUGGCAUAAGCGAAUGAGUUUUUGUUUAUCUAUACUUCUUUUGUCAUCCGUUAAAACCAAUGUAAAUCUCUUUUUCUGUUUUUUUAGGUCAUGUUGGAUACGGUUGGGCCUGAGUUGCAGGUCGUCAAUAAAAAUGAGCAUGCGAUUUCACUCGAGGAAAAUGGACACGUUGUUUUGACGCCUCAUCAAGAUGUAGAGGCCUCAUCGGAGCUGCUACCAAUAAAUUUUAGUGGACUUGCAAAAGUAAGCUUUGCUCAUCCAUGUCACUCGCUUGGUGCGGCAUUUGUACAUUUUUCUUCUUAAUUUUUUAUUAUUUGUAUGCGUGGGUGGAAUUUUAUAUAGUAGUUUAUGUGCUGCCGGGGAUGACGUUGUAAUUUUACUGUCGACCAACUUGUUUGAACAAGUCUUCCAAUCCCGCAAAAAAUGGAUAUUUAGGUAUUUGGAAUGUAGUUGGGUUCUGUAAGCCAGGUCUGUAGAAUUCCACAAGGUUGACCCAGCUCGUUGCUGAUGUGGAUUCUGAUUUUCGUUGUCAUUGCUGUUAACAAGUAUAGUUCUAAAUGCGUCGUUUAUUUAUUUGAUUUCCUGUAACCAGUAGAUGGUCCCUCUUACUGCUCAAGCAUGCAUAGGUUGCCCGUAGUAGAACCUUGUAAACAAGUCACUGAAGUCUCAAGAUUAUUCAGUCCUCCCCCACCCCCCUUCUUUUCUGUUACUAUUGAGACAGGAUUUAUCUGGCUUCUUCCUGGAUUAAAGUUGAUUUGCUUUAUUUAUUCUCUGCAGGCGGUGAAGGUUGGGGAUACCAUCUUUAUUGGCCAGUACUUGUUCACUGGCAGCGAGACUACGUCUGUGUGGUUGGAGGUAUGAAUGGCCUUUUCUAGGAUGUAUGACCUUGCUCCGUAUCUUUAAGCUGUUUUGUUCUCCCUUAGAGAUAAUUUUCUGCUUUUGCAAAUUAGUCCCUUUGUUUUCGUUCACCAACUGAUAUUCAUGCAGCAACUGUUUAUUUUAUGUGCAUCUUUUGUCUUCCAUGCAUUCUUUUUUGGAAUUUGGAGCCCCGCUGAUUACCUGACCCGUACUAAAUUGGACGUGAGAAAGAUUUUACGUCUCCCUUGAAGUCUGGAUUAAUAGUAAUAUUGUCCUUCUUUGUUUAUUAUUGGUAUUUCACAAUUGGAUUAAACUCCAGGUGACGGAGCUGAAGGGGGAUGACGUUGUUUGUGCGAUUAAAAAUAGUGCUACACUUGCUGGUUCAUUGUUCACUUUGCACAUCUCUCAAAUUCGCAUUGAUUUGCCUACGCUGACUGAUGCUGACAAGGAGGUAAGAGGAUGAUAUCUGAAACCCAGCUCUCUUUUUUCUUAAUACUGUGAAAAAAGUUUGUUGCUUGUUCUUGGGUUUCUUAGUUUUUCAUCUGGAGUAUCUUAUAUGAUAUUUAUAUUUCUAAAUCUCUUCUUUGUAAUUUAUGAAAGUGGAUGAUAAAAUGGCCUGUUCUGAGUUAUGCAACCGGAGUUUCUUGAGUUCUUGUUUGAAUCUUGUAUAACUGAAGUUGAUGUGCCAUUUUUUCAUACUGUUUCUGCUUUCAUCUUGCCAUGUGAUUUUAAAAGUCAGUUACAUUGGUUUUGAUGCUUCAGUUUCUUGGUACUAUCAUUUAGUUAGACAACCGUUUCUUGAGGGUUUAGCACUCUGAAGCUACCUUCUUUUGUUGGUCAAUGGCAUGGUGGGAGCUUGGGGAUUUUAGUAAAACUGAUUCUUGCGAUUCCAUUUCAAAUACUUUCCAUUUUCAUAAUUUCUUUCCUAUUGGAGGUUUUAAAAACAAGGUAAUGCAUGCGCACGGGAAUGCAUCAUCCUUGUGAUGUUGAUGCAUUCAGACGUCAAAUUGACAUUCUUGCAAAUUUUUUUUAGAAUACCUAUGUUGUUUGUCUUUUCAUUUCACCGUUACACGAAACUGGAUUUGCAAAAAUGGUUAGCAGUUGUGAUAAUUUUAAAGAAUCACAUGGUUCAAUCAAUUCCUUAAAGUGUUGUAAACCAGCCCCAAAUGUGUUGUAACUUUCACAAGAAUAAACCAAUCCUAAACCUGGUGAAGAUUUAAUUGUUCAUUAUGUUAUGGAAGCCUAUUUAUAGAUUCUAAAUUAUCUUCUAUAGAAAUCAGUGGUAACCCGUGUGUACGGUAGUCAUGAUAAACAUCUUCUUUAUAGCCCUCAAAUAUGAGAGAAAAUGGCAAAAUGAACUGCCAGGCUUGAAUGUUCGCUUAAAGUUUAUGAAAUCAAAAUUUUUCUGCCAAAAAAUUGAAAUAUAAUUCAGAAAUUUCAUGGAAGACUAGGACUAUAGAUUUUUUCAUUUGGGGCUGGUGUUUUUGCCAUAUUUCAUCUCAGUUCUAUCUUCAAUCUUUGUGAUAACUAGAGUUUUCUUUGUGAGAUUUUCCAUUUCAUAUUUUUAAGAUACUUUUCUCUUAAUCAUGUAUGGCAUACACUGUAAUGUUGGAUGCAAUUGAUGUAUAGGGUGUUUUUACUAGCUUACAGAUUACAAAUAUUUCAUCCUUAGUAAUAUAGCUAUGAAGAUCAAAUGUGUGUAAUAAACUUGGCGGUUACCAAUUGGUGAGUGUGGUGGAUGAACUUUUGUUCUCAUUAAAGCUGCUUUACUUGACAUCUGCAAGCAAUCGUUUGGUUUUGAUUGAUGGCAGCCUUUUUGCACUUCUAUGCAACGGUCAAAUUUAGGUUUUGUCUUACUGACUUAAAUAAUCAUUUAUUCUUUUCUUGCAUAUUUUUUAUUUGGUUAUGACCUAUCCUCUCUUAUGGUUAAUGAUAGCUGUUUCAGCAAGCCAUUUGAUAUCUUCCCUUUUGAUAAACGUCUGCCAGGUCAUCAGUAAAUGGGGCGUCCGGAACAACAUUGAUUUCCUGUCAUUGUCAUACACCAGGCAUGCAGAAGAUGUUCGGCAUGUGAGUCUGAUCAAUUAUUGACUGAUAUAUCAUGCAGUUAUGGAAUUAUAAAUUACAAGGCAUUGCAUUUAUCCUUCUGGUAUUUACCUGAUAGACUUUAGACUGACUUGUCUAAUUCCUUUGUUAUUCUUGUCAUACAGGCACGCGAAUUCCUCUCUAAGUUGGGUGAUCUUGGUCAGACUCAAAUAUUUGCGAAGAUUGAAAACACUGAGGUAAAUGGACUCAAUCAAAUAAUGUUUUCUUGAGUCACAAGGAAUGCGAUUGAAAUUUUUUGCAUGUAUGUUCCAAAUCCAUAUUUGUAUUUAUAUGCAUAUAAGAUAUUUAUCUCUAUUCUCAGCCAACUGUGGAUCAAUUAGGUUUGAAACUAUUUUCUUUAUUUCUAAUCUUUAGAAUUGUUUCUACACAUACUAUGUCAUCAUAAUUUUUUUCACUUCUGUGAGUUUUCGGGUUGUCUAUGUAGACUGCCCAACAUAUCUCAGCUUCCUCAUGUCAUUUUUCUCAUUUUAAUUAUCAAGGUAUUCCUGGCAUGUUGGCGCCUAAAAUAUGCUCUUUCACUGUUAAAUGUAUUCCUGACAUGCUGAAUCAUGCAGGGUUUGACUCAUUUUGAUGAAAUUCUACAAGAAGCUGAUGGCAUAAUUCUUUCACGUGGAAAUUUGGGAAUAGAUCUCCCUCCUGAGAAGGUUUGGAACCUUACUGUUUGUCACACAUCUUUGAGCUCUGGAAUACUCGUUUUUUAUGUACCCUCAUCAUACUAACAGCAGUGGUUAGUAUCUGAGUUUAGGACAUCGGGAUAUUCUAUGUUGACUUCAUGUUUCAUGAUGUGCACUUAUAAUUUACCAUUCCCUUGAGAAUCUUUCUUUACCUGUGACUACUAUCAGCCCUCUGAAUAGCUAGUCAAAGAAAAAGGUUCACUGCGGUGAACGAAACAUGGUAGUUCUCAUUUAUUGUAUUUACAUCGAAGCAAGUCCCCUUACUAGGUGUAAUGGAGUUCUUUUAUUGCUUGAAUGGCUUGGAUUUUCUAAGACUCUCAAUCGACAGGUCUUCCUGUUUCAAAAGGCUGCUGUAUACAAGUGUAACAUGGCUGGAAAACCAGCAGUUGUUACUCGUGUUGUUGACAGCAUGACAGAUAACCUGAGACCAACUCGUGCUGAGGCCACUGAUGUCGCUAAUGCAGUAUUAGAUGGUUGUUCUGAAACUUGAGCACUCUUUUUGGGAAACUGUUUGUCAGUCUAUUCCAGUUAUUUGACGCAAGAUUUUUUCAACUAUCUUCAGGAAGUGAUGCCAUUCUUUUAGGUGCUGAGACUCUUCGAGGUCUAUACCCAGUUGAAACUAUCUCAAUAGUAGGCAAAAUUUGCGCUGAGGUGUGUCUUUUUUUCAUUCUCAUCACUGGUUAAAAGCUUUCCUUAUGUGACAUUGUGUGCUUAAAUUAUUCUUUUCGUUGAUCGUGAAAGGUAAGUUUUCUCUUCGUCAUCACAUAUUUGACAAUCUCUGGUAUUUUGCUCAUUUUCUAUGCACAAUGCUUCUAUAAAGUUUUAGCAUUAUUCAUGGGAAACCAGAACUCGUUUUCAGAAUUUACAUUGGACGUAAAUGUCUGGUUUUUGUGUAACUGAGUGAUGAAAUUAGACGUUGUUAAAAAAAAUAUGGGAAUUGAUUUUAUGAGCUUUUUUUGAUAUAUAUAUUUUUUCUUACCUUUUUCUUGCUUUAGUUCCUUCCUCUUCCAUUUUUUUGUUUCUUUCUCUUGUUCUUUAUUGUUUCUUUUCCUUUCUCGUCCUUACUGUCAUGUACUCUAUAUUUCUCUCUUUCAUCUUUCGUUUGUUCUUCUUUUUUAUUGCUCAUAUCCAUGGAAAAUUGUUUUCCCAUCAAUCUGCUUUAUUGGACUGUUUAUCAAUUGUUUGAUGGUUUUAGGCAGAGAAAGUUUUCAAUCAAGACCUAUACUUCAAGAAGACUGUAAAAUAUGUUGGAGAACCUAUGAGUCACCUGGAGUCUAUAGCUUCAUCUGCGGUACUCUUUUUAUUUCAUUCUCUACCGAUGUUUCAGUAUGUUUCCCUUUUUUUCGUAUUUGAUUAUUAUCGUUCUCUUUUAGUAAGGUUUAUAAAUCAUAUGUGCAAGAAUUUUGUUUUCGUUUGCUAACUUUCAGGUGCGUGCCGCAAUUAAAGUUAAAGCAUCUGUGAUCAUUGUGUUUACAUCAUCUGGAAGGGCUGCAAGGUAAUUUUGGUGAAUAUUGGCGUCUGGAGCUUCUUAUUUUGCAAAACACAGAGGUGAACAUAAAAUCUUUGAAAUCCGUUAAAGCUCAGAACGACUUGUUUUGUGUAGAUUAAUUGCCAAAUACAGGCCAACAAUGCCCGUGUUAUCAGUUGUAAUUCCAAGGCUUAAGACCAACCAACUUCGUUGGAGUUUUACGGGUGCAUUUGAAGUAAGCUUGUUUCCUUUAUUGACGUCCACCAGAUUUUAUUGUAGUUUACCAAAGUCUCGAUUUCUGAUUUACAUUCAUUGUUACCUGUUCAGUGAUGUUAUUUUAUGUGAUAUUUGCUUAAUUGGAAUAGUUACUGAAUCACAGUUCUAUGUUUCUGGAUUUAUAACUAGGAAGUUCCUUCUUCUUAGACUUUGAACAUAGAUGGAUAAAUACCUUUUAGUUUUCACGCUCCUCAUGGCUACGUAUCAUCUAUUAUGACCAGCCUUUAUCAGCGCCCCAAAAAAUGUAGGUUUAGAGAUUGUCGUGAACUUCAUCAAAAUCUUAUGGCUUUACUAUUGUUUUCUUCCAUGAAAAGAAAAGAAAAGAAAUUUCCUAGAUAUUCUCGUUUUGGCAUAUCUAGCGUGAUAAUUUUUUUUUCAGGAUUGUAUUCCAAAGUAUAUUGUAUUUUUUUAACAUUCUUUAUUGAACUACUGCCAGUCAUAUCUAUCAUCAGUUUGUCUAUUUUCUCUUCUACUUCAUUUCUGUAAAGUUAGUCAUAUGUUCAUCAAGCUCCAUUGUUAUCCUCAAUUUGUUUUCAUAUCUCAUGUUCAAUAUCUAGUACAUUAUUUUUGAGUAGUUAAUUCUUAUAUGUUCAGAAAAAUGAUGGGGAUAUCUUCAUCUGCUGAGAGUUGAUUUCUGCUGAUAGAUUAUCUAAAAUUCAUUAUUUGCCUCACAGUUGGAAAUCAUUUUGAUGAACCACUGCUCAUUUUUAUUUAUCAAAUGUGCAGGCUAGGCAAUCUCUUGUAGUAAGAGGUCUUUUUCCUAUGCUGGCCGAUCCUCGUCAUCCUGUAAGUUUUUUUCCUUUCUUUUUAAUUAUGUUUAAGGCACAAAUAAUGAACUUUGUUUGGGGAUAUUGAAUUAGAAGAUACGGUGUAUGAAAUUUAUUACAUUGGGUGCUUUGCACGCUCUUUUUUGCGUGUAAAUAAGCGAAACAACAGAGGAAAUGCGCUUUUACACGAUCCACUGAUUGAGAAAAUUAUCCUUCUUAAUGCUAGCUAAUGACUUAUCUCUUUGUCCUGGAAGAACACUCUGCGAAUGAAAAAUAUUUAUUCUUAAUAAAAGCUAUAUAUGAGAAACCGAUGGUCACCUUAAAAAGAUAUAUAAUCUGAGGAGGCAGUAUGUUUUGGAUCUGUUGAUGCUUCAUGAAAACUUUGAUGUAGAGUAAUUUUUGAGAAUUAUCAUCUUAGUCCAUUGAGAAAUUUCGUCAUUGUGGACAAUGACUCGAUUGGGAAGCUAAGGUUUAUUUUAAAGAUGCUGUUACUGGGUAGAUGUUUUCAUUUGAAGCUGAAACUAUGAUGAAAAUAAAGAUAUACUUUUGCAAGUUGUCCCGAGAAGUGAACCAUUUUGAAAGGAAUGUAUUUCUGUUCGUGUUAUAAACGAAAUCCCACAAGUUUUCCUCUUUGCCCCUCUUAGGCGAAUAAAAGACUGAGUUUGAAUACAAUAUGUGAAAGCUGCUGUUGAAACCUUUCUGUGAAUAUUUCUUAACUGUAUGCAAUAGUAGCUCCUUAGUUAUGCUCCUUAGCGCAAGCUCUAAUGUAAGUAGUUCUCUACUGUUGCAAAAUACUCUCCUGAAAAGGCCCUGAAAGGCAUGUCCUUUAAGGAACCUUGGUUUUUAACACUGCUUCUGAUAUAGCACUUUAUUGCGGACGAGGGUCUAACAUGCCUAAUCUCUGCCAUGGAAAGUGGUUUACAUGUAAUCCCAAUGAUUGGAUAUGAUUUUUAUGUUAUUAGGAUCUGUCGUUCUGAAAUAGUUUCAUUUUUGGGCUGCCCAAGCUUGCUUGUCAUCGAAGAUCAGACUGCCCUGUCCACCUGCUCUGCCAAUGUCUAUCCACAUGACGAGGGGAAAUUAUUAAUUCUGACGUCUUUUCUACUUUACCCCUUAUGAGAACCUCUGCCUAUCCGGAGCUUCGUUGUGAAUAAUUCCAUUAGCUUUCCCAGUUUUCCUCGUAUGGAUUAUUCUUAGACUCUCUCUCCCUCCCCCGCUCCAAGAAAAAAAGGAAGAAAAAGUCCAUGCUGAUCUUUACUAACUUCAAUUUAUGGAGCAGCGAUUUAUUUUAUUUUGUUUUAAAGAACGUACCAGAAAAAGUUGUGGGGUGACUGGUAUUAGGGGGAUUAUACGGGAAGUUGGACGUGCCUUCAGAAGCGCGCUGUUUUAUGUUUGCGUUGUUUUAGUGAAAUCUCCCUUCGGCCUUCAUCGUGAUGCCCUUCAUAUGUUCUAAUGAAAUUAAGACGGCGCUCUGGGUGCAGAUUUUUCAAUGGUCUCACUAAUUUCUUUCUGCAGGCCGAGUCUACCAGCGCUACCAACGAGUCGGUGCUGAAGGUUGCGCUGGAUCAUGGCAAGGCUUCCGGCGUUAUCAAGUCACACGAUCGCGUGGUUGUCUGUCAGAAGGUUGGAGAUGCCUCGGUUGUGAAGAUUAUCGAGUUGGAAGAUUAG